AUGGGGCCUGAGGCCAAGAGCAGCAGCGGAGGGAAAAAGCAAGGGCAGAAAUGGGGCUCAGAGGACUUUGGGGUGGGAGUCACACAGACCGCCCCCCCCCCCUCCCGUGCCCCCGCGCGCAGGCGCCCCGUGCCCCCGUCGGAGCGGGGCGCUGCUCCAUCCCCGGCGGGGGCGGCUCCGCUGUUGCCGCUCGGCCGCGCCCGCCGCGCUCCGGGACAGGUGCGCACGGCGGAGAGCCCGGGGCAGCCUGGCGCCCCGCAGCCGGAGGGCAGCGGCGUCCCCAUGGAAGGAGGCGACGAGGCAGCGGCGGGGGAUCCGCGGCCACGGGUGUCCCCGGACGGGUCUCCCACCGGCGAGGCGCCGCAGCUGAUGAACGGGGAGGCGGCGAUGGCGCCCGGGGACCGCGGCGGGAGCGGCUUCCCCGAGGGGGCGGCCGAGACCUCGGGAGCCGAGCGGCGGGACCCCGGCGGGAGUCCCCCGGGGGGAGAGGGUCUGCCGGGAGGGGAGCCGGUGGCCGCGGGGAGAGGCGCGACCGAGGGCUCUGCGCCGGCCGGAGCUAACCUCGGGAAGGCGGCGGGGGCUCCGGCGGGGACGGAGGCGGCCGCGGGGCGGAAAGAGCCCGAGGAGGCAGCUCCAGGGGGGAAAGAGCCCGAAGAGGCAGCUCCGGGGGGGAAAGAGCCCGAGGAGGCAGCCCCGAGGGGGAAAGACUCCGAGGAGGCAGCUCCGGAGUGGGAAGAGCCCGAGGAGGCAGCGCAGGGCGGGAAAGAGCCCGAGGAAGUAGCCCCGGGGGACACAGAGCCCGAGGAAGUAACCCCGGAGAGGAAAGAGCCCGAGGAGGCAGCCCAGGGGGGGAAAGACUCCGAGGAAGCCAUGGUGACUGCCCCGUCGGGGCCAGACCCCGAAGAGGCGGUGAGGGAGGAAGCCCCGUCGGGGACAGGCACCGAAGAUACAGUGCGGGAGGCAAUCUCAGAAGGGACAGACCCCGAGAAAGCUGCAGCGACAGCUCCGGAGGGGACAGUCCGCGAGGAUGUAGUGCGAGAGGCAGUCCCGGAGGGAAGACACCCCGAGGAAGCUGCAGCGACAGUCCCGGAGGAGACAAACCCCCAGGAGGCUGCAGCGACAGCCCCAGAGGGGACAGUCCCCGAGGAUGCAGUGCGAGAGGCAAUUCCAGAGGGGACAGACCCCGAGGAAGCUGCAGCGACAGCCCCAGAGGGGACAAACCCCGAGGAUGCAGUGCGGGAGGCAGCUCCGGAGGGGACAGACCCCGAGGAGGCUGAAACGACAGCCCCGGCGGGGACAGACCCCGAGGAAGCGGUGCGGGAGGCAGCUCCAGAGGGGACAGUCCCCGAGGAUGCAGUGCGGGAGGCAGCUCCAGAGGGGACAGUCCCCGAGGAAGCGGUGCGGGAGGCAGCUCCAGAGGGGACAGUCCCCGAGGAGGCUGAAACGACAGCCCCGGCGGGGACAGACCCCGAGGAAGCGGUGCGGGAGGCAGCUCCAGAGGGGACAGUCCCCGAGGAGGCUGAAACGACAGCCCCGGCGGGGACAGACCCCGAGGAAGCGGUGCGGGAGGCAGCUCCAGAGGGGACAGUCCCCGAGGAGGCUGAAACGACAGCCCCGGCGGGGACAGACCCCGAGGAAGCGGUGCGGGAGGCAGCUCCAGAGGGGACAGUCCCCGAGGAGGCUGCAGCGACAGCCCCAGAGGGGACAGUCCCCGAGGAUGCGGUGCGAGAGGCAAUUCCAGAGGGGACAGACCCCGAGGAAGCUGCAGCGACAGCCCCAGAGGGGACAAACCCCGAGGAUGCAGUGCAGGAGGCAGCCCUGGAGGGGACAGACCUCGAGGAGGCGACAGCCCCGACAGGGAGCGGGGUGGCUUCUGAGAGCUGUGGAGAAGUGGAGGUGGCGUUGCCAGCCGAAGGGGAGGUGGAUGGCGAAGUCCUGUCACCGGGCAGCCCCGACGUCGAGAACGGAGUGGAGACACCGGGGACCGAGCAGGAGAUCUCGGCCCCGGGGGCAGGGGAAGGCAACGAGUCCCGGGAUCCCCAGGGCGGCGAGUGGGACACUGCAGAUCGGAGCCUGAAUGGUGUGCGGGGCCGGGCAGAGGAGGAUGAAAUGGGUUUGCCAGCCGCCCUGGAGGACGAAGAGGAUGAGGAGAAGCAGGAACAUGACAUCUCCCUCUUUGUCAAGGCUGGCAGCGAUGGGGAAAGUAUUGGAAAUUGCCCGUUCUCUCAGCGUCUCUUUAUGAUUCUGUGGCUAAAAGGUGUCAUAUUUAAUGUCACAACUGUGGAUUUGAAAAGAAAACCUGCUGACCUGCAGAACCUUGCUCCGGGAACAAACCCUCCCUUCAUGACAUUUGAUGGUGAAGUGAAAACUGAUGUCAACAAGAUUGAGGAGUUCUUGGAAGAAAAGCUAGCACCACCACGGUAUCCCAAACUUGCACCAAACCACCCCGAGUCUAACUCCGCAGGAAAUGAUGUGUUUGCAAAAUUCUCUGCAUUCAUAAAGAACCCAAGAAAAGAUGCUAAUGAAAAUUUGGAAAAAUCUUUGCUUAAAGCCCUGAGGAAGCUGGACAACUAUUUAAACAGCCCCUUGCCUGAUGAAAUUGAUGCUUACAGCACUGAGGAGAUCACUGUUUCCAGCCGGAAAUUCCUGGAUGGAGAUGAGCUCACCUUAGCGGAUUGCAACCUCCUACCAAAGCUCCAUAUAAUCAAGGUUGUUGCGAAAAAAUAUAGAAAUUUUGAUUUUCCACCUGAAAUGACGGGGAUUUCAAGAUACUUGAACAAUGCAUAUGCAAGAGAUGAAUUUACAAACACUUGUCCUGCUGAUCAAGAAAUUGAGUAUGCAUAUUUGGAUGUUGCAAAGAGAAUGAAGUAAACAGGAGAUGCCUUUGCUCUUUAUUGCUUCUGAGAUUUAGAUGGGCACCAGACCAGGUUGAAAAAAAAAAAAAAAAGCCAGCUUACACGGUGCAGUAUAUUUUUAAGUUCUGCUUUUGGCCAAUCCUUCUUUUAUAAUGAUUGUAUAGCAUUAUUUGCUCAUUCUCAAAUUAUAUAUGUAUAUGUUUGUGUGUCUGUACAGAUGUAUGCACAUGUGAAUACCUGUUGUGCACUGCAAGUUAAAGGCAUCAGUCCCUAUUAAAGCAUUUGUUGAACUUAGGGAAACACUGUAGGUCACACAACUAUAGCAAUAUUACAGACUAGUGACUUAUGCUAAAUUGCUGAAAUUUAAAAAGAAAUAUCUCUCUUUGUAACACACAUUUAACCUGUUGUUAUUGCUGCCUCUGAUCUCUGUUUCACAGUUGUUGCCAAACUUCACAGUUACUGGGAGGGUUUCUGUUUGCUUCUUCGCAAGCCUCACAGGGCCAGAAGCCAACAGCUAGUGCCCAUGCAGCACCCUGGUUAACCCAGGAGGGAGGCCAGCUUGUAGGUGGGACCACAUCUCAUGUCCCAGAAGCCCUCUCCUCUGUGCUAGAGACCUGCAGGUCAGGUCAACAAAGAGCAACUCCUUUUCACAUUGUGAGUCUUCUUUGGUAUUGAAAACAAACAAACAAUCCUGCCUUCUCCUCUCUCAGGGCUGCAUAACCCAUCAAACUUCCCUCACGAUGCUCCCAAAGAGAGAAAUAGACUGUCACUGGCCUAUGGACUACCUGAUAAUAGAUAUUUGACAAGUGAUGAGAGAGACUUGAUUGUUAACUGUAGACUGAAGAAGUGGGUAAACAUCUCUUCACCCAGCUACUGUUGUAGGAUCUUUCUUUUUCAUCCUUCCAUGACUCUCAUUUGUUUUUGGAAAGCAAAGGGGAGGAGAGGGGCUAAGAAGGAAAUAAUCGUUUUAUACUUCCUUUUUUCCUCGUUGAGCUCCAGCCUAUUGUCUUUUCCAAGGCAGCUGUUAGGAUUCUUCAUUGAUGAGGGCUUUACAGCUGAUCAGAUAGGUAUCUAUCAGGAACAAGGCAGAUCUACCUCCUGCCUUAGGCAGGGGAUGGAUUAGAAGAACCCCUUCAGCUGUGCAUGAGUCUGUGUUCGAGGCAGCCAGUACUGGUGAGAAACACCCUCUAGCCUGGCAGCAGAUGCCAUCUCAUAUUAUUAGAGAUGUAUGGACUAUGAAAAGUGAUGUCCGCAGCUGCUAUCUGCUGAGCAGGCCCUCAGCAAGCACGUAGGAGUAGAGAGAGCAAUGCUUUAGUCACAGAAAGUUUCCUUCUGAUAGAUUUUGCCUGUAUGUACGAAAAAGAUGAGAAAAUGGCUAAAAAUAGCCUUUGCAGCACCUACAUCCACAAAAAGACUGCUAUAGACUAGUCAUUCCUCCUUUUUCAUGUCAAACAUAUGCUUGGUUUCUAACAAAGCAUUACUUAACAGUAAUAGUCGGUUUCAGAUAUAUCUUCUCUGCGGUGUUUUCAUCUUACACAGUACACAGUUCUGAUGCAAAUGAUCUAUUCAUAAUUAUUUGUAAGGAGUUUUAAAUAUACAGGUAUAGUUUGCCUUCAGUGAAAACACCCUGAAUUGUGAACUCUCAUAUUGGGGUUGAUAGCUGAGCAGUCACUCAUUGCAUCUUACUAACUGUUACUUUGUAUUUUAAAAUUCAUACAUAUAUAUAUAUGAAAUGUAUAAAAAUGAAAUCUGUAUAAUCUUUUCAUAUGCCUUACAAAUUUAAAUAGAAUAUACAAAUUCAUAAGUACUUUCUGUCUUUAUUUCUUUGGUAAUUUCCUGGUAAGAUGUGUUGCAACAGUGGGCUGGAUUUUAAGAAAGAAGAGGCAGAGUUUCAUUUAGCUUUGAUUUUUGAGGAAUCAUGGAUGUUGCAGACCUGCGGUGA